AUGGCUCCUCGCUCCAAGUUCACUACUGAGCAAGUUGAAAUGAUGGAGGAGUAUCGAGAAAAAUAUCUUGAGUGCCAGACAGUAGGAGAUUACACUCCGUUCUGGGCACCUUUUUUCGAAGACUAUCAUGCAAGAUUGCCAGAGAGGGAGCACCUCUUUCCCGAUGUCCCCCUCGACAUAGAUCUCACACUGGAACAAAGAGUCGUCAAUGCAAGUAUGGUGGAUGCAUGCAAAAAACAAUUAAUCCAUCGCUUCCAUAAUACGUAUGGCAACUACACUGCCAAGCGCAAGCUGAAAGCGCAGACUACAAGUACUGUUGAGAAGAUGUUAGCGAGUCAAUUGAGCCUCAAAGGAAUGUGCACAUUACAGCCUGCUGAAGCUUACUCCAAGUUAUACUACAAGACACGCAUCAAACCUGUUGAGGAUGCGAAGAUGAAGGUACUCAAACAGGAGGCUGGCCUGAGUCCGAUGACAUCAGAUGAGGAGGAUGAUGAGACUGGCGCUGAUAGAGGCGAUGUGAAGCAGGUGUCAUUGAAGAAACUCAGGCUAACUCUUGUAAAGAAGCAUACACGUGCUCUAUUCGCAAACGAGACCCCAGAGAUCAAGGCGGAGGUGGUCGAUUUUGUCAAACAAUGGAGCGAAAACUGCAAGAAGAGUUCAAGUGAGGAUGAUGAUAUUUCUUUCUCCGAGAAUAUCGAAAAAUUACCGAAUGUUUUAGCUGAUAUAUUUGCCGGGCUGGCGAAACAAACAGGCUGGGCCUUUUCUGUGUUGAUGGGUGGGCCUUCUCCAGGAAUGGGCGGGAAAAUUCAGGUUGAGAGUUUUCAUGUGGAGCAAACAACGAUGGGAAACACAUUCAAUCUUGCUUACCCCAAUUUUAAUGAACGCAUUAUGAAGCCAUAUGCGGAUUUCGCAAAGCGGGCCUUUUCUGAUGUGGUAAUGAAGGGAACUAUGGGAUCACCGAGUUCAAGUCCUUCCACGCUUGAUACAUCACUCCUCCCGCUGAGUCAGAUGAUAUCGUUCGAUGACCAGCAGUGCGACUUUGCUACUCCUGGUCCAGAAUCGUUAUCUGAGAUCCUUGCAAAUUCAUCAUCCAGCUUGGAGUUAUAUGACUCUACCACUUUGGAUCAUCCAGUCAUACCUACCAGCAGCGUCUCCCUUCAUCCAUUCAUGACACCAGCAGUAUCUCUCGCAUCUGAGACACCACCAGCACUUCCCAUGUCUGUGGCGCCAGCAGUAGGUCUGGUGUCCAAGACACUACCUGUAUCUCCUGCUUUUGUGGCACAAACAGAAGAUCUCAUGUCUGAGACACCAGCAGUACCUCCCGCUUCGGUUGUGCCAAUGGAACAUCUCGUGUUCAAGAUGCCAGUGGUACCUCCCGCUUCCAUGGGGCCAGGAGAACAUAUUGUGUCCGAGACACCUGCACUACCUUCCACUUUCAUGGUGCCAGCAGAAGAUCUGGCAUCUGAGACAUCUGCACUUCCUAUUGUCAAGUUGGUCUGUCCUACAUCUACGUCGCCUGCACUCCCUGUCAUCAAGCCAGUCCAUCCUGCAUCUCCAUCACCUGCAGUUCCUUUUGUCGAACCGUCUCUACCUCUCAUGCACCUUGCCCCUGUACUUCCUAUCGUCCAGCCACCACCUACACAUGUGAUGCAGCCUGUAGAACUUUCAGUGGGACCUCCAGCAGAACCUAUUCCUUCAAAGGCAGUUGUGGAAGGCCCACAGGAGUCAACCCACAAUGAGGUUGCCAACUCCAUCGGCAGUGUGAACAUCGGCAAAGAGAAAUCAGCAUCGAAGAAGCGGCCAAAGUCUCUGACUCAUGGAGCACCCGCAAAAAAGCAACAUGUUUGA